AUGAUCGGGAAAACACUCACAUCGGUCGUCCUAUGGGCGGCUGCUGCCUCUGCCGCAUCGCAUCCCAUGCGCACCCCGGCGCCGGAUCCAGCUGCUGCUGCCGCCGCGACCACGCCGACCAUCACGGCUGUUACCGACUGUCAUCUGCACGGAUCGGAUCUGUACUGUGUCAACGGUGCCACGGAAUACCACAUGCAGACGACGCCUACACAGACCACCGACCUGCCUGCCAGCUUCACAGGAUGCCAUCCCCACGGAACGGAUCUAUACUGCUUUGGCCCCGGCGGCGAUGACAUCCUCGCCAAGGCAGAGGGAGGUGAACCUGCGGGCGACAAGGAAAAUACCGGCGAGGCCGGCGGAAAUCUUCACUGCCACUCCCACGCUGGUGUCGAGCACUGCGUCGGCGACGGUGCCGAAGAAGGGCCAGUCCAGUGCGACGCCCCCAAGCGCUCCUACAACAUUGGUCUGCGUGUUGGACUAUUGUUCGUCAUUCUGGCCACGAGCGCUCUGGGCGUAUUUGGGCCGCUGUUCCUGCAGCGCGCCAUGGGGCGGAACCUGUCGCUCCUCUUUACCUUCCUCAAGCAGUUUGGCACCGGCAUUGUCAUUUCUACUGCCUUCGUCCAUCUGUACACACACGCCACGCUCAUGUUUGAAAAUAAGUGUCUCGGAAACUUAGGCUACGAGGGCGUGACGUCGGCGAUUGUCAUGGCCGGUCUGUUCCUCUCCUUCAUUGUCGAGUACAUUGGCCACCGCAUCGUGCUAGCCAAGGAGAAGUCGGUGGCCGCGCUGUCGAUGCAGGAAAAGUCUCAGUCCAUGUUCUCCGUCGAGGUCGUCACCAUUCUCGUCUUGGAGGCCGGUAUCCUCUUCCAUUCUCUGCUCAUCGGUCUUACCCUCGUCGUCGCGGCGGAUCAGUAUUUUAUCACGCUCUUCAUCGUCAUUGUGUUCCAUCAAGUCUUUGAGGGUCUCGCUCUCGGCACCCGAAUCGCAACCAUUGGAACCAAUCGCGACGCGCACAGCCACGCUCACGCCGCUGCCGUCGCGCAGAAUGGAAACGCGGUAGAUGCGACCAGCCCGUCCAACGUCGCGCCCGCCACCUCUCACACGGCACUCCUCGCCCCGCAACAGACGGAAGGCCUGUCCCUGCGUAAAAAGCUGGGGCUCGCCUCGCUCUUUGCGUUUGUCACGCCGCUCGGCAUGGCCAUUGGCAUUGGCGUCCUGAACACGUACAACGGCAAGGACCCGGCAACCAUCAUCGCCAUCGGCACGUUGGACGCCGUGUCGGCCGGCAUCCUCAUCUGGGUCGGCGUGGUCGAGAUGUGGGCGGGUGACUGGAUGCUCGGCUCGCACGGUAACAAGGCGGAGCUGGCGGACGCGAAACCUCUCACGGUCGGCAUCGCGGGCUUUGGCUUGAUCGGAGGCUUGGUGGUGAUGAGCGUGCUGGGCAAGUGGGCGUAG